AAGAGGCAACUAUGAGACUCAUCAUAGCAUUCAUUAUUUGCAUGAUAGUGAAUGUCAUUAGUGUAGAGAUACCACCUGCAGACUACUUUGAUGAAGACAUUGAAAAUGAGUCUUGCCCAGAAGUAGAAAGAGCUGAGGAUGAAGAGGAUCUAGUACUCAUUGAUGGUGAUAUAUUAGUUACUAAAGAACAAGCAGCAAUAUACUAUGAGAGUGGCUGGGAUGGACUAGUAAACUCUCAAAAUUGGAUGAAAUUAAAUUCAUUGAAUGAAUGGAGCAAGACAAUACCACAUGAAAUCGAUCAGCAAUUUGUCAGUGCUACAGGCGGGGAUGAUAAAUCUAUCAAAUCUAAUAUUUUUCUCUCAUUGAAAGCUCUUCAGGAUAAGACUUGUUUAAAAUUUCCACAAAAGAGAUGUUCAGAUCCAUAUUACUUAAGCUUUGUUAAAGGAGAUUCUUGCAGUACAUAUUUAGGAAAACCUUUUGCUGGAGCAAGGGUCAUUAACCUAAAAGCUAACUGUGCAGCAGGUACUGACAGAAAGAUGACACCAGCACAUGAAGUCAUGCAUGCACUUGGUAGAGCUCACGAACACCAAAGAGCUGACAGAAAUCGAUACGUUACAAUUGCUUACUGGAACACAUGUAAUAGUCAGAUGACCAUUAAAGAAGGAUUCAGAACUUUCAACCAACCAUAUGAUUACUACUCCAUCAUGCAUUAUAGUCCAAAGCAAUGCCAGUAUUACUCUUAUACUAGUUUGGCCUAUCAGGAUUCAAUGACAUUCACUUCUCAACUUAAGGGUUCAUCAUCAGAUGUGGGACAAAGAGGAUCAUUGUCACCUGGAGAUAUUCAACACAUUAAAAGAGUUUACUGUCCUAGUGUGUACUAAAGCCAACAUGCACUAUGCAACAUUUGUUGCAUGCAACACAAUU